AUGAAGGAUUAUGUGCUCACCUCCCUCAAUGACGCUUGGACAGCUUCGAACACGGUCUCAGAGGAUCUCCCAACAUCUUCUUUUUCAUUCAAGAGAGAUAUCAGAGGACUGCUUUUCCUGCUUUUUGGGAUUACCUGGACCACCCACUACGAACCCAAUCCCGAUGAUGGCUCAGACACGAAGUACAACUCUAUUCUGGGUAGAUUUGGAAAGCCCAUCAACAAACUAAAGACCGAUCCCGACAUUUAUGGAUUAGCGCGAUUCAGAUGUCUAGAAGACUACGCUACCUACUAUCAACAUAUGCCCGGUAACGACGGGCUAGAAAAUAAAACAGCUGCGUUAGCUGCUGAGCACUACAAUGUCAGAAUGUCCAACGGAAACUACUUCCCUGGUCUGAUGUACAUUAACAACGAGGCGAUAACAUCAUUCCAAGAUUCAUCCCAAGCCUUCUACCCCACUGGGGAAGGAAACCCUCCCGACGGCGGGUGUGGCAUGGUGGGUCGAUACCCGGCGAUGGCCUUCACCCUCGCUGGCGGCGCCAUGAAAGCCACCUAUGGGAUUACACUCUGUCCCAGCUAUUUCACCACGCCCACCACAUCAAGUCUCGGCUCGCCCGCCGCCAAUGGAGGAACAGCGGAGAUCGAUAGAUUCAAGGAGACGGGAGGAAUGAUCGCACUGCACGAAUUCGUGCACUUGGUUACACUCAACGACGUCGGAGAUCAACUUGCCGCCUACCCACCCGACGGCGUGACCUGGACGAACCGGAACUGGGCAAGUUGGGUCUUGAACACGGCAGUAUCGUCGUAUGGGUACACACCUGCCGCCUAUCUUGGCCUCGCUAUGCCCGCUUUGGCAAUGAAAAAUGCAGAUAAUUACGCGAUACUCGCGACGUGCAUGCAAUAUGACGAUCUAGACUGUCUGGGGACGUUUCAAAAUGACAUUAUCUCGAAACGAGAACUACCGUUUCAAGUGUCUUCACGCACGGUGGAGAAAAUCAGAUCUGGGGAAUUGGAUCUUAAAAAGGAUGAUAUACCCACUGAUGUGUCUGAAGCUUCGAAGAUCUCUACCAGAGUGAAGUAG